AUGCGGUUCGGCAAGACGCUGCGCGAGUCCAUCUACCCGCCAUGGAAGGCCGAGUACAUUGAUUACAGCAAGCUUAAGGCGCUGCUGCGCGACGAUGAGGGUGCUGGUUCCGACACCGAAGGAGGCGAGUCCACCUGGACCGAGGACGACGAGAACCGCUUCUGCGACGAGAUCUUCAAUGUGCAGCUCGAAAAGGUCGCCAAGUUCCAGGAGGACCGUGUCAACUCGCUGCGUGAACGUGCCGACGCCAUCUUCGAGAAGCUGCGCGACCUGACGCCCGUGCACGACGCCGGCGGCGGCAGCACCACGUCCGACUCGGCGACGGCCGAGGGCAGCGCGAGCGGCAGUGCGGCGGCCGCAGCGGCCAAGGACAAGAGCGAGAUCACGGUGCAGCGCGUGCGCGAGAUCGAGACAGAGCUCGACAGCAUCACCAACGAACUGCGCGAGCUCAAACGCUACAGCAGCCUCAACUACACGGGCUUCCUCAAGAUUGUCAAGAAGCACGACCGCAAGCGUGGCAAUCACUACCGCAUCCGGCCGAUGAUGCAGGUCAGCAUGACGCGCCGGCCGUUCAACUCAGAGGCCGGCUACUCGCCGCUGCUGGCCAAGCUGUCGCUCAUGUACGAGGCCGUGCACCACUACCUCAACCCCGACGAGGCCAACCUGCCGGUCGAUCUGGAGACGCAGCAGGAGACCAACCACAAUGGCGAGCGCUACAAGGCGUUCAAGUGUGAGUAA